CUCGACCACACCUCCACCCCCCAGGAAGCAGCCCGUGACAGCUAGCUAACUCCCAGGCAUGAUGGGGGUGUGUGAGUGGCGGCGACAGAUCACCAGCAGGAGACGCAGCAGCAGCAGCAGCAGCAGGGUGGGCGUGGUGAGGGCGCGGUGACGCACCUCCAGGAUGGUGCGUCACGCCCACCACCACCACAUGCGCCUCCACCGGCCACAACACCGCCACUCCCCGGCCCUCCACGACACCGGCAUAGAGUUGGAGCCCCUGGUGGAGGGUGAACACCCUCAGCCCCUCCCUAGCACCCUCGGAGCUCGGCACCACCAGGGAGGCGGCGGCGGCGGCGACGAUGGCGGUGGCGGCGGGACGGGCGACGACGGGACGAGGAAGGUGUGUGUGCUGCCUCACGUCGGCCUCUUCAUGGCGGUCCUCUCCUCCCUCUUCUUCUCCCUCUGCUCCCUCAUCGUCAAGAUUCUCUCAGACGUGAGUCCGAUGGAGCUGGCGGUGUUCCGGUUCGUGGGUAUCCUGCUUCCGACGCUGCCGCUGCUCCUGCGCAGGGGAGACCCGCCGUUUCCGCGGGGCCUUCGCCUCAUGCUGGUGCUGAGGGGCCUAGUGGGGGCCACCUCUCUCAUGCUCCAGUUCUACGCCUUCCGACACAUGCCUCUUGCUGACGCCUCUGUCAUCGUCUUCAGCGUACCAGUGUUCGUAGCGGUGUUCGCGCGAGUGUUUCUUGGUGAGCCGUGUGGACUGUUCAACGGUGUUGUGAUUAUCCUAACCGUGGCUGGGGUCGUCCUUAUUGCCCGCCCUCCACUGCUCUUUGGUUCGCUGUCUGACGCUUACACGCUGGAGAACUGGUGGGGCGCUGCGGCUGCUAUCAGUGGGACCGUAGUCGCCGCAAAUGUUUAUGUAAUUUUGCGAGUGCUGAAGGGGCUGCACUUCUCUGUGAUCAUGACCAACUUUGCAGUGGUAGCACUGCUCCUGACGCCAGUGGUGUCGUGGGUGAGAGGCGACCUGUGCGUCCCGCGCUGCGGCAGUGAGCGGUACCUUAUCCUGGCCAUUGGGGCCUUCAGCUUCGGUGGACAAAUUCUCCUGACAAAGGCCCUGCAGCUGGAACAAGCAGGACCUGUCUCCAUUGCGCGGACAGCUGACGUUGUCUUCGCAUUCAUAUGGCAGGCCAUUUUCUUCCAUGAGCUGCCAGAUAGGCUCAGUUUACUGGGCGCCCUCUUGGUAACGUCAUGCGUCUUACUGACAGGGUUCCGCAAGUGGGUGAUGUCCCUACCGGAGACUUCAGCCACUCGGCGGAGACUUCGUUGUCUCACCUGCUGACCUUAGUGGCCCACAUGGACUUCUAUGAUCUUUGGGUCCUUUCAAAGUGAUCAAACACAUGAAGUCGCACACACAUUCAUAGUUGGUUAGUUCAUUCCUACAUUUUUUUGUUUUUAGGAGGAUGGCUGUAAUGAUAUUAAGUUUUAGCAUUUCAAUUAACAGAAGAUACUAUGUCGUCUCUAUCUGCAUUAUCCUAGUUGUAGAAUUUACAUACAUUUUUAAAAGUAAAUUAGAAACAUUUUAAUGGAGCAAUAUGGAAAGUUUGCAAGCAUUCAAUAAUGGUAGUGUCUAUGGUUUACCCAGUGUGUCUGACGGAAGUGGAGUAGCCACCUGGCUCUCAAGUGUAUACAUUUCUCUUUAUAUUUUCUUGAGAGUUUUCACGAAGAGUCUUAAUCAAAGUAUACAUUCUUUUCAAAUUCUUAAUUGGUGAAUAAUAAUUUAAUGUGUACAUAAUUUAUUUGUUCAUAAAUGUAAAUCUUUUUCCAUAUUUGUCAUGAUAUUUUGUAGUAAAAAAAAGCCAGGCAUAGCUUUACUAUCUAACUGUAUUGUGUACUUUAUAGAGUUUAAGGAAAUUCUUGUUCCUUUUUUUUCUUGAAUCUUACCACGUCUCCAAAUACCAGUCUGGAGUCACUCUUUAACACCAUAAACUGACACCAUAUGAUGACACUAUAUGAUGACACUAUAUACUGAUAUCAAAUGAUGAAUGGUUUUUUCUCAUCAUCGAAUAUUUUCUACUCUAUUUUUGUUUUCCUUUUUGGUGUUAUUGCUUCUUCUAGAUUACUUUUCUCUCUCAUGUCACUACUAAACCAUAUUUAUUUUUCUGAAUGGCUUUUGUGUAUACUGUAUGACCUGCAGGUAAAAGUUUAAGUCCUUAGUGAACCCACACAAUGUAGCUGUGAUUUUUUCCUUUGAGUAAGUUACUCAGUUACAUGGGAACCUCAGAAGACUGUUUAAGUGCUACAAGUUCUAUUUCUAGGGUUAAAGCCCUUUAGUAAUAUAUUAUAUCUCUGCUGAAUGAGCCAAAUUCACAUAAUAAUUAUUUGAUCAACAAUAUUUUCUUAUGCUUUGACAGAUACAUUCACCUCAAUAAUUGAUUGUAUUAUGCAUACUGUAUAUUUUGCACAAAAGCUAACGUAGCAGUCUAAAUAGCCUGACUAUUCGUCAGUACUACUUGAGUAAAAUUUGAUGGAUAUUAAAUAAUGAAAUGAUAUUAAAUAAUAUAAAUUGUUACUGACAAAUGUAAAUAUCAAUUUAUAUAAAUUCCAGGGAUGAUAGACUAAAACAGUAAUCUUUUUGGCAAGCAAAGUCUUGCCUACUAAGCUAAGUCAGACAACUCUUCCUAUAAAAUUCUAUGACCUCUCAGACUCAGAGGUACUCAGACCACUGGGAAAAGGCACAGCAGCCUUGGAGCGUUAUUUAGCCUAUCAACCUUUGUAGGCUAAUUAAGCUCCAUCGAUUUCAGGAGGGUUAUUAAGGCCACAAUAGCUUACUGAUCAACCAGCAAGUAUACUUUAAUCCUGAACAUAGUCCAGGAUUAAAGAACAGUACUCUCUCAGUGUAUAUGCACCGAGAAGAUAAAUAUAUUACCCUGUUCUGGGAUUGUAUUUUUAGUCAUCAAACUAUACUCAUAUUGUUUGCAGGGAUUCAGUAUAAAUUUGAGUAUUGAUUUCAAGUACUGUAUUUGAGAGGAGAUAUUAUUUUGUGCCUGGUCAUGUUUAUAUUGGUCACAGAUAUAUAUUUGAGCUUAUAUUAUUAUUUUCCAUAUUAAAUUUCAUUCAUUUUCUGCCACAUGACUCACAAAUCUUAUGAAAUGUUUAUUUUUACAGUAUUUCUUAAUAUCUACAGAAGUCUUUCCACAUUUUUAACCAAAAUAUCAUGUUUCGGUUUUCCCCAUAUUCAUUUAUUGCUUCAUUAUUUAAAUACUUUGCACGCUUUUUUGUCCAUCAUCCCACUCUCAACAAUGUAUCAUCACUGUGUUAAUCUGCACCAACAAAGUUAUUGCCUCUUUAGUCUUCACUUGCAGGAUUGCAUUCCCCAUCAUCAUGCAAUUUAAAUUUGUACAUACUGACAUGUCCAUUUUUUAACUUCAUGAUUGCUUUAACAGAAAAAAACACAAUGAUGGGGAACAAAAACAACAUAAUUUAAUCAAGGCCUAAUUUAGCAUAACUUUGGCCUAAUUUAGCAUAACCUAGGCCUAAUUUAGUAUAACUUUGGCCUAAUUGAUCACAAUCUUGGUCUAAUUUAAUUCUAGGUUAGAUUAGGUUAGGUCUAUAUUUGGUUUGAUAUAAAAGAUUAUUUUCACCCAUUAAAAUUUCAAUUUAUUUUAUUCUCGUUUUGUCUGUUAUAACUAAAUUUUAUAUUACAUUGUUAAAGUACAACACAUACUUAUUUAUCACUAUGAACUUAUAAGUAAAGCACAUGUGUGUGAGGAAAGAUUGAGGAUUAUCACUAUUAGUUUGCACCAGCAUCAUCUUCACCUCUUUAUGUGCAAUAAUAUUAUUAUCUUCUAAAUUUAUAUGCUACAAGCUAAUCACUAUUAGAUAUGAACAAACAUCAUCCUCACUUCUUUAUUUGCACCAAUGUUAUUGUCACAUCAUUGAACCAAUUUCAUUAUCACUUUUAUCCACCUUAGCAUGAUCAUGGCUAUUUUCAUGUGAGCCAGCAACAUUGUCACCAUCAUUCAAGCAAUCAUUAUCAUUACAGUUUUUUUUUUUUGAAUCCUUAAGGAUUACAACUACUUCUGCCCCAUUAUCACCAUCAUCAUCUUUGUGUCUUUCCUGAGAACCAGUGAUGUGGUCUCUGCUUUUAAUGCACCAAUUGCACAAUAUCAGCUACACUUCCUUCAUUAGAACAGACAUGGCACUCCCCACUCCAACCUAUGGCACUCCCCUUGAUUCCACUAUUCAUCUUAAACUGUCACUGGCAUCUACUUCUUCACCAGAGGCAUGUUUUCGGUCCUGUCCUCUUGGAUCAUAACUUGCCCCAUAUUUGCACCUCUUUCCAAAUUCAUCAGUCUGCUAAAACUGGUAGUUUGGCUACAGAACCAAGCUAUAUCAGCUGGUCUGAGAUUCACAAAAUAGACCAAUAGAGUUUCAUUUUCCUUAAAUACAAGGAAACAGCCAUAAUGGAACUGUAUUGAUAUUUUAGUGAAUAUAAUUCAGUACUUUGACUAGCAAGUUCUUAGCAAGCACAAAGUUAAUAGAUCACCUUGGUAGAUGACCAAUUAAGUUAUGUAAUUUUAGGGGGUACGAUGUAUUCCCGUAAUAAAAAAUGCAGAGGUAGUAUGUUAAAAGGUGUGUAUUAAAGGAUUAUUUUUUUUUUAGAAUAAACCCUCUUAAGAUAGUAUUUUCUAAGGAUGAUCUUAGUAAUAGAUUUUAAUUUAAGGAGAAGGCCCUAAAAUUCCUAGAGACCAAAUAUUUCAAUGAAAUUAAAAAAUCAAUUAAUACAAAAUAGGAACACAACCAUUUCUCAGGAACUGAUAAAUAGAAUUCAGCACCAAAAAAAAGUCAUUAGAUUUUUUUAGAGAAAUUAAAAUAGUUGUAUAUUAAUAAGAAAUCAAAAGAAAUUGCAGACUUUGAUAGUGUACAGUGAUGAAAAUUAUACUUACACCUCUUAGGGAAAAAAAUGAUAUGUGAAAAUUAAUCUGAAUGCAGUUGUGUACAAAUUAGACUUCAGAUUGUCAAUUGAAAUAUAUUUCUAGUUAAAAUUCAUAAUGAUACUACAGUAUCUUUCUAAAUUUCACAAGCUGUAACUAUGUGUUGGAAGUUUAGUGUGACAAAAUAUACGUCCAUUUAUCAAGAUGUUGCAUGAGCUCAAAUCAUAGAUUUAUAGCAAGAAGUGUUUGUGUGUGCAUUCUGAAGGAGUAUGGUCUUGACAAAAAUUAUAGUGGGUAAAAAUGUUAAAUAUGUUAUUAAAAGUACAGGUUUUAAUUUUGUUACUGUGUCAUUUUUGUUUUCAAUUGAAAUAAUAUUGCAGCAUUAUUUACUUAAGUAUAUAGUAGCUGAUUUAUAGUCAUAAUAGGAUAUAUUAUGUUUGUUUAUCACUAAGUUGUGUGCAGGAAUGUUCAAAGCAUAUAAACAAAUAUUACUUUCAAGUUUGUUAAGUGUGAGAAAUAACUCAAAAUAUUUUCAGGUACUGUGAUUAGUUUUAGGUUUAUGAAAUAGAAAAAUGCAUUAGUGUACAGUGUAUUCUUUUUUUCAGUAGCUUUUCAUGGGACAUAUGUCAAGGUGCAACAUUGCAUGGAAAGGCUAUUAAAAAAAGCUCCGGUGCAAUAUGUACAUUAUAUAUGGGUCUUUGUUAUCACAAUGCCUUCGACCUUUCACUAAGAGUUCACAAUUUUUAUGUAAUCAUUAGCCCAAGAAAGUGAAAAUCCUGUGAUAACAUAUUGGUAAUUACUCUAUUCUGAGUCCUUUUAAUGGGUGGCAUAAAAGUAAUGCUUUUUUGUAAAAUGAAGCUGUAUAAAAUAUUGAAAAGAAAAAUGUAUUUAAUGUUGCUUGUGAUGAACUUGGUCAGUAUAUAUAUAUCUAGAGUUGUAUGACACACAUAAACAAUCAGCACUUUGAUAGCACAGAAUUUAUAAGUAGGUCCCAUAGAUGUAUAAUAAAUAAAGGCCUUUCUCAGGGUAUAUCACACCUGUCUUGAGCAAGUAGGGAUUAAAAAAAAAACAGUAAUUUUGUCCCUAUUCCAAAUAUUUUGAAAGCCGUUAAAUUCUAACAUUAGUUAUUUUUAACAUAAAGUUCAAUUUCUCAUUACUAAGCAAAGGUGUGAACAACAUGUAAUUAAAUCUAUCAGAAAAAGAGGUCAGAUAAUAGCAGUAGAUAUUAAUAUAAGCAACAUGAGCAGAAGAUGUUGAUGAUAUAAAGAUUACAUCAAAAUUAUAGAUGAAUGUUAAUGAUGGAACUGAGAAUAAAUAUCUGACAGUUUAUAUCACAAAUGAGAGCCAUAUGUAGUCAUGCAAAGCUGUAUAUCAUCUCUAUACCUCACAAUAUUGCAUCAUUUCUUCUUUAUUGUCAUCUUUUCUGAAAGAUGUAAUUCACUGAAUGGUGACACUCAAAACACUUCAUUAUCACUGCGGUCUAGUGACUACAUGUGUGUGAAAACAGUGAUGUGGUCCCCAAUGUGUUAUACAUGUGGUGACUAUCGUGAGUGGUCAUGUCAGUGACUCUCACUGUCUCUCUCAUUUAAUUGUUCUUUUCGGAUAAAUAUCAAGUCUCUCUCUAGCUUGGCUGUAUUAUACUUCAUAAUGCUACUCAUUAAUCUUUCACAAGAAAAUGAUUAGCCAAUCUAGAGAACCAGUGCUUUGCUCUGUUUUAGUUUGUGACAUAAUAUAUUUUGCAGUAGAACAAUUGAAUUGGAAUUGAGAUGUGUUGCUUUAUUUAAAUGUGGACCAGAAUGCAGUUCUUAACAGCAAAUUAACUUCUAUACAGGAUGUUUCUGCUUCGGUUAUGUUCCAUUUUAUCGUUUGCCCUUCACUUGCAAUUGAAUGUGAUUCCAUGAUUUUGUACAAAGUUGUGCACAUUAAAUAUUUAACUGGUGAUAGGAAUUUUGCAAAUGUGUUUAAUAGUUUUGUAACUAUUUGUUCAGAAGAAGAAAGCAAUGUAAAUAGAUGUGUAUUGCAUUAAAAUGUUGUGGAAUGGUUGAGAUAAAUGCAGAGUUUGG